AUGAUAAAGAAUCGAGCAAGCUCUAGUCGAAGUAGUUCAACUGAAGAUGAAUCUGACCACGAUGAAAAUUUAUUUCAAGUUAAAAAAGUGUCAUCUCGAAAAAAGUCUUAUAAAAAAUGGAUCAAAGAUGAAGAUGACCGUUUGAAAGAAUUUAUUAAUUUAAAUGGUGGUAUGAAAGAUUGGUCACGGAUAUCAAAAUAUGUAGGCAAUGGUCGUACGGAUGCUCAAUGUCAACAUCGUUGGGAACGUUUUCUCGAUCCGUCAAUAACAAAAGGCCCAUGGACCGAUGAAGAAGAUAAGAAAGUGAUUGAACUUGUACGAGAUUAUGGUGCAAGACAAUGGAGUUUAAUUGCAAAAGAAUUGAAAGGCCGAGUGGGGAAACAAUGCCGUGAAAGAUGGCAUAAUCAUCUCAAUCCAGCUAUUAAUAAAAACCCAUGGACUAAUGAUGAAAAUCUACUGCUAUUUAUUUUACAUCAACACUUUGGAAAUAAAUGGGCAGAAAUCGCUAAAUAUUUUAAUGGAAGAUCAGAUAAUUCAAUUAAAAAUCAUUGGAAUUCUUCAAUGAAGAAAAAAUUUGAAUUAGAAGUAUCAAAUUUGAAAAGACAAGGACUUGAGUGGAGUGCAUUGAUUCCACCGGAUUUCCCAUGGCCGAAACUUAAUAGGCCCUCUUCAGUUCGACGGCCACUGGGUACAAUAACAAAUCGAGUACAACGUUCGAGUACAAAACGAUCUUCCAGAACAAUUACGUUAUCAGCUUCACCGGCACCGCCCGUUAAAUCUGAACCUCAUUCACCAAGUGUGAACAAUGAUAAUACUAAUCAUCGUUUCUAUCCAUUAACUGAUCACAAUAGUUUGAAUGCCUUGUCUCCACGUCAUCUGACAACAGCUUAUUCCGAUCAUUUGCAGCCUAUUUCAUCUUCUCAAACAUCAUCUGAUAUUCAACCGGAAUGUUCAUCACAAAAUCUUGAACAUCUAUUCUAUUGCACGCCACCGUCUCCUGUUAAACAAUUACCUAUGUUAUCCUCUUGUGCUGAUUAUACAACAUCAAGUCAAAAUUCUCAAACCAAUCAUCAUAUACCAUUGUUUCCGUCGUCUAUUGAGUAUUAUCCAGUUCAUCCACCAUCUCGAUCAUCAUCAAUGCCUGUAUUUACAUGUGCAACAUCGCCGCAUUUAACUAUUCUACCAGCUGAUACUACCAAUCAUAAUGAAACUCGAAAUACAUUUACAACCGAUGAUUCAUUUACGCUUAGUUUUAGUUCUCAAAAUGAAAUUAAACAAGAAAACGAACAUCUCUUAAUUGAACUUACACAAUCUCAACAAAGUCAUGAUAUUGUUGUUUCACCUAAAACUAUUUCAAAUACAUCGUCACCAUCAAAACAUUGUGUACUGAAUACUCCUGAACGUUUAGAUCAACCACAUCAAAUUCAUUUGACAGAGCAAGAUUGGUUCAAUGAUUUUCUCGCAUAUCCUGAUCCACAAACAACAACUCAAACUGAAAAUAUUUUAUCUGCGCGACCAACUAUUGUACGAAGAAAUAAACGAUUAGAUAAAUAUCAAUCAACCGUCGUUGAAACUAAGAAACGAGAGAAUUUUUCAAAGAAUUUAUUUACUUCAUCAAAAAAACUCAAAGAAGAAUUAGGAUAUGAUCCAACUUAUACAGAAAUUUUAAUGGGUCAAACGCGUGAUCAACGUCAUAUGACUGAACAAGCUCGACGUUAUCUUUCUUGUUCUUCAUUAAAUAAUUAUAAUAUAUAA